AAAAUUUAAUUAAUUCUAUAUGUCGAAAUGAAACCGAAUUUCUCGCCGAGGUGAAAUUAAAUUACGUAAUUGCUAUCCAUGUGUUCUUAUUUGUAAAAAUAUUUGGAUAAGGCCUUUUUUAUUAUUUAACAUUUUAACUACACAUAAUUUUUAAAGCAACGUAUAAUUUUUUAUUUUUAGAGACAAACAUCUGUCGUUUACCGAUAUAUGAUAUAUUUAAGGAAAGUCUUUGUUAAAUUCUGAUAAAACAAUUUUCAAUUUACUCAGCUAAGAUAAAACAGUAUCCAUAAAAAAUAUUGUCUUAUGUAAUUUUUUUUUAAAUUUCAAUGUCAACACUUGUAUGAGGCUUUUUCCUGAAAUUCGUACCCAUUCUUUGUAUUUCAUUUCUAAGUUAACAUUAAAAAAAAAUUUCUUUUACUAUAAAUGUCUGUUGAUAUUUUGGAACCACUACCUUUAGAGAAAUGGAAAUUGCUUGCGAAAACACUGAAGAAUAAUUGGCCUGCCAAUAUUCAAUGUUACUAUUACCUACGUACUGCAGAAAAAUGGAAAUUAAAAGAACCGAAUAUCCCCAUUACAGUUUAUUGUCCACAUGGAGAUUAUAAUUCUGGAAUAUUCAUCGCAAUAUCGUCUAUCACAAUUUACUUAGUUUUUCCUUUUGCGCAUGAAGGUUUUGAGGAUUUUUUGUACAAGACUGUGACUGAAACUAAGUUUAUAAAAUGGGACAAAAGAAUUUUUUUCCCCGCGAUGCAAUCCCGACUCAUUCAGACUGUUAACUCCAUCAUCGAAUUCUUGAAGGUGGAAAAAAAGAUAAAAAUGGAGUGGUGUUUAGAGUUGGAUUGUUACUUUAAGUCCAAAGAAGAAUGCUCCAUUACAGAAGUGAGAUUGCCUGAGGACUGUUAUUUGAGAGAACUUGAUCAUAGUCAUGUACCUUUGAUACAUGCUCUAUGGCCACAUCGAAGUAGAGAGGAUCCGGAAUUAACAACCAGACAAGUGUCAGCAAUGAUAAAUUUUAACGGGGGAUUAGGUUUAUUUUCAAGAGAAACGGGCCAACUUCUUUCUUGGGCUGUUCAGUCGGAAAUUGGUGCUAUCAGUCUUGUUCAAACGAUUGAUCGUUGUCAACGCAGAGGAUACGCAAAAAUUGUUACAAACGCUUUUGCAAAAUUAUUAGCAUCGAAAAAUAUCGAUUCGUUUGUGUUCAUAGGAAAAGAGAAUAGUAUAUCAAAAUUAAUGUUCAGUUCAAGCAGCUGGAAAUAUUAUGAUGAAAUACACUGGAUUGAAUUGCACUCUGCAUAAGAUAUUUUGGAGGUCCCCUUUUCCUUUAUUUUUUUCCCCACUUUACUUUUUCCAAACCUCUAUUUGUAUAUUAUAAUUAAAUAUCUUGAAAUACAUUAAAAUAAGUAAAUAGUAA